AUGUUGAUAUCUCAAGGAUUGAAUUCGUCGAAAAUUCCCUUCCUCGUCUGUUUCUUGGUUAAUCUCGUCUCGGCCGUCUACGAAAAGGAUCUCGUCUCACAUCUUCUCGCCGGCUAUAAUAAGCUAGCCCGCCCGGUCCGGGACUACAACUCGAAGCUCAACAUCACCGUCCAACCGCAAAUCUACAGUCUGAUCGAAGUGAACGAGCUGAGCGAGCAGAUCAAGCUGCUUUUGUGCUGGAAAGACGAAUUCCUGACGUGGAACGCGACGGAAUGGUCGGGGAUACGAUCGAUAAACGUACCAGCAACGCAAGUCUGGCUUCCGGAUGGCUACAUAUUCAACACAGUCGACGUAAAAGAGCCCCUGACGCAAUUCAACGUGCGGGUCAGCCACGAGGGGAUCGUUGAGGCCGACUUCAACAAGUUAAUCGACAUCGGCUGCUCGAUGUCGAUCCUGAAUUUCCCGUUCGACACCCAGUUGUGCUCACUUCAAUUCGGAUCGUGGAGCUAUCAAUUCCACCAAAUAUCACAUAUCAUGAAGCCGGUGAAUGUGCCUACAAAUGCUCACAACUCCGAGUGGGAAAUCCUCAAUUUCACUGCCGAAAAAGUCGUCAAAUCUUAUGAAGGAACGAACGGCGUGAUGAAUACUUAUGAGGAAAUUUUCUACCAUUUGAAAAUCAAGCGAAAACCUUUAAACUAUAUCGUCGUGAUUUUAAUCCCGACAUUUCUAAUCGUCAACGUGUCAAUUGUCGGAUUAUUCACACCGCAUGGCAUACAGGGAGAUAGGCAGGAAAAGGUCUCACUCGGUCUCACAACCCUUCUAACAAUGGCCGUCAUCCUCGACAUGGUCUCCAGCGAGAUGCCAAAAAGUUCAGAAGGGGUGCCGUUGCUAGGCCGCUAUGUGCUGAUCCAAACGGCGAUCUCAAUACUGGCCAUUGCCGUCUCCGUAAUAACAAUAUUCAUCCACGAACGGGUACUGUAUAUGAAUACGCCGGUGCCGCGGUGGAUCCUCAAUCUGUUCCAGGAGCACAAGCUGGAUUUCGACGUCACGCAUUCUGACGACUCGAUCUGCUCGUUCAACAGCAAAAAUGAUGUCGUCCGGGAAGUGCGAGCCUGCAUCAACCUGAUUCGGGCCCAGCUGGCCACGAUAGAGGCGGAAAAAGAGAUCCACGUGCUCUGGCAGCGCUUCUUCUCCCUCGCCGACGUGACGGCCAUGUCGUGUUUCCUUGUGCUCAACCUGUGCACCACCGUGCUCAUGUUCUGGUCGGCAUUUCGUCAAGAGUUCAUCGUCGGCGUGCCG